UUCCUGGUGAUAUAUUUCUAAUUGAUUUUCAGGCUUAAUCUCUUUUCACUUUUGUUAAAUAAGUCACUACUCGUUUAGCGGUAAAGCCAAAAUGGAACCAUAACUGGUCCAGGAACCAGAUAAACUUAAGCGAUGCACGCAAGUAACCUUCGCCGGCUUAGUCAAUAUCCUGGGAGAGCCUGAUCUGUGAUAUAUUACUGUGAGAUGGCAUGCUGACAGGGUGGUAAAGAUUAUGUUUUAUUGAAGGAAGGAGCAACCUGUGACAGACACUGAGACGUGCCUGUUUGCCUCAGGGUUUCCCUGUGCUGCCUAGGGAAGGCUGUGGGACCCCCUGAAGUGAUAUGCAUGGUAAGAAAGCUUUAUUCCUGAUGACAGAGCUGGUAAGUGUUCAACGGUAAGCGCACAUUUGCAGACUUAGUGGCCCCGUGAUACAGCUAAUAUGACCCUGGAUUUUUUGUCCAUAUCAUGCAUUAUCAUCAUUGUAUGUUGGGGUAAGACACAACUUCAUCUUCUGAUCGGUGAUUCAUAAUUAAUGCCUUUAAUUCCCCCAAAAAUGGGGGCUGAGUGUCAUUCCUGCUCUGUGUAUGUUAUCCCCAUUUUGAGAGGGCUUCCUACUGUAGUAAUCACAUGGAUAAAUGUGAUUUAUAACGGAAUACAUGUUUCAGAAAUAUGCAUAUAUUUUUGUUUCUAAGAACAAUAUUUUUUUUAGUUGUAAACCACUUCAGCAAGGCAGGUGAAUCACAAUUUUAGGCAAUUUAGUUGUCAAGAAAUUCUAGGUGACCCUAAAAUGAACUUCGUAAUUUACAACAAAACAAGUUUUUAUUACUGCAGGGAAGAAAACUCACUUUUGAUUCAUAUGGUCCUAAAAAGAAUAUGCUUGAUAAAAUACUCGAUGAUUUUUGUGUUAGUUUCCAGUAGCUGUUCUCUUUUUACUAUAUAUGAAUUACAGCACAAUCAUAAAGUUGAAGGUCAUGGCAAGAGGUUACAAUCUUACAUUUCCAAGGUUGUUGAACUCUCAAUAUGACACAUCAGGAAUGUUUUACCAAGAUAUUCUACCAAAUUUUAUUAUCUUUUAUGUUUUUCAUUAUGUUUACAGUUUUGCGGCAUUUAAUGUUUAGGCGUAAUCUUGAUAAAUAGGUGUUACAUAGAGGUGCAUGAUUUUUAAAAGGAACUUUAUAAAUAUAACUGCAUAUUUUAUUGAAAUGUUGCUGUGUUUUACCAGUGUCUUUCAUGUACCAAAGUUAUUUGCUAUGUGCUAUAAGCCAUAACCUAUAUUCAGCUGUCUUGUUAAAUUAAAUCUGCGUACUUUAAGCCCCAUAGCACUUCAAAUGUUUUGAUAAUUUUCUAGUAUUUACUGCAGCUAUUUGGAAGAUGAAUCAGCAGCACAAUAUCCUGUCAUCUUCCAGCUGCAUGUCCAGUGGUGCUGCUAUCUGUGCUGCCUGGGAUGAGCUACAAGCCCCUGACAUCCUGACCAGAAGAAACAGUUAGAAAAUGGAUUGAUGGAUGGAUGGAUAUUAUAUAUGAUAUAAUACAUGCAUUUACAGCAGUUUUUAAUAUAAAACUUGAAUACAAAAGUUAUUUAUCAAUUCAAACCAAACUUACUACAGUGAGAUCUCUACUAAUCAACCAAAAAAUACUGGAACUUGGCUAUUUUGGAAUGCAAAUAACUACAAUGUCUCAAUUGUGGGUUUAACUGGUUUAACUGGUGGCCAUUCUAAUGUGUCAAAGGGCAAAAUAGAUUGCGGCUCUUUGACUUUGCCUUUAGAAGCUCUGAGGAGGAAAAAAAACAGCUUCCUUGGGCAACAGUAGCAGAAAAUGGAUCUUCUAGAGAUUCUCCUCGGAUGAGGAACCUGCCUUUUGUAAGGGAGCAACACUGCAUGGAGGUUAUCCAGAGCAUGAUGUAGUAGCGGGCUGUGCAGUUAAAAUGCCAGCCACUGGAGUCACUGGAGGGCAGAAUGUACUGUAUUCCUAGGCACAUUCACACAUUUUUAUUUUUAUAUUGCUGCAAUAAACAUGGACUCAAAACAUACAUUUGCUGUAAACAGCUAUCGCCAUUACAUCCCAUAACAGCUUUACGGAUCAAAGCAGACCUCGUAUUUACUAUUGCUUUGGGGGAGGUUGGAUUUUAAUGCAGUAUGAGUUUGGAUGUAGAAUAUGCUGUGUGGUUAAAAUUGCUGGUUCACCAGAAGUCCUACCUAUGCACAUGAAAUGAAUACAUGUAAAGUUAGCACUUUAUCACCGUUCUGCAUUUUUAAUCAAUUAAUGUAAGAAGGUUUAAGAGUGAUGUGUGCUUUUGGGGAUGGCUGGUAUUUGUAUAGGAGACCAGCUAGGAAAGCUGGGUUGCUGCUGGAAGAGGCACUGGUGUGGCCAACAUUUUAGCCCAACCUGUGUUCAGUGUGGAUCGCAGUGCAGUGAUGUGGGCACUGUGCUGUAAAAAUGAUGCCGUCCUUUGGAUGAAGCAUAAGACUGAGGUUCCGACCCUCUUUUAUCUGGGUGUCUUCUGAAAGAGUACUGGUGGUAUUCUGAUGUCCUGGACAAAACUGCCCACUGUGGUCCUGUCAAAUAAUCACCCCCUGUAUAUAAUUGGCGAAUUAUAUCUUGUCCCUUCCUCACCUUAGCUACUAUGUGGUGAGCAUACUGGUGUAGAAUCGCAGGGGGAGGGGACUGAUGUACACCCCCAAAAACCAACCUUAGAAGUGUGAGGCGACGAUGCUACUCAUCCAGCCCAUCAAUCGUAAAGGUUGCGGUGCUGUUUGUUAAAUACCCUCCUGAACAGCAGGUGGCAGUAUAUAAUAAUCCACUUAACAGAACAUUAUUUUAAAAGUAAGUAUAAAAUAAUUUGGUUAGUUACAUUUAAAUUGAGGUAGUCGCCAGUGUUGAGUAUGGUAGAUGAUUUACCUGAUGUUUUACCAGAGAUUCCCCUCAUAUUAAUUGCCUUUAUUUUCAGUGAUGAAGGAAGUGAGUGACGUAUGUGUCAUGGCGGACUCCUGUGAUAUUGUUUAUUUCGCAGUUAGUAACAUUCCAGCAACAUUUCGCUCAGCUGACUUAAGGAACUAUUUCAGCCAGUUUAUCGAAGAUAAGGGUUUUGUGUGCUUUCACUACCGACAUCGACCGGAGAUCCUCCGGGAUACGGCAGAAAGCGGAGCAGCCAAGGACCCGCAGGACGCCGAACGGAGGUUCGCCGCGGCGAGAGGCGAGAAGACGUGCUGCUGCAUCGUGUCCGUUCGCGGCGGAGAGGACGAUCGCUUUAUCCGAAUGUACGCCGGGAAUCACUGGGUCGCCUCACUGGGCGACUGGCUGGGUAGACGGUGUGUGCUUCGGAGAAUACGGGUAUCGGACGAGCCGGGAGAAAGCAGCUUCCCCUACAAGACCAGGGCUGAGCUAAACCGACAUACAGCCUCGACGGAGCAGUUCACAGACGCUGACCUGAGGAGGCUGCCCGAGAUGAACCCGCCGGCCCUGAUGCCCGCCGGUAACGUGGGAACGCCGGUGACGGUCUUCCUGCAGCUGAUCCAGGCCUGCCGUCUACCUCCACGGCUCAUCCGCAAGCUGGGCCUCACCUUCCCCAAAACAAGUUCCCGCCACCGCUACGGCAACGUGCCCUUCAAGUACCAGGACACAUACACCAUCACGCCCACCCAGGAGAGUGUGUACACGGCUGGAGGAGUGGAGAUCUCUGGGCCAGGCCGGGUGAGCACUCCCCCAGCGGGGACGCCAGGGCCUGAUGCUGUCUUGGAGGAUGAAGAAACGACCGCAUCUGGCCCAGAGGAGGUCGAGUCAGGUCCUGAUGAUGAUGACGACCGGUGCGAGGAGUGGGAGCGUCAUGAGGCCCUGCACGAGGACGUCACCAGCCAGGAACGCAGCAAGGAGCGGCUGUACGAAGAAGAGAUCGAGCUUAAGUGGGAGAAGGGAGGCUCAGGCCUGGUCUUCUACACCGAUGCCCAGUACUGGCAGGAGGAGGAGGAGGGGGAUUUUGAUGAGCAAACAGCAGAUGACUGGGAUGUGGACAUGAGCGUGUACUACGACAAAGACGGCGGCGACAUGGACGCGCGUGACUAUGUGCGCAUGCGUCAUGAGCGGAGGCUGAGGGAGGGACUGGAAACGCCCUCUGACAGGCAGCAGCCAAUCGGGAGUUUUGAAAAGUUCACAAAGGGUGUUGGCAGGAGGGUGAUGGAGAAGCAGGGCUGGAGGGACGGUGAGGGCCUGGGCCACAGCCAGGCAGGAAUGGCUGACGCUCUGGUGAAUGAGGGACAGCAUCCCCGGUGUAAAAGAGGCCUGGGGUAUCAUGGCGAGAAGCUCAGCUCGUUCCUCCCGGUAAAGAAGCCGCGCCAAGACUUCCUUAUCUCCACUGUGUACGACCAGCCCAAAGACAUAGACAGAGGAGACACUCUGCUACGCCGGCAGCCUACCACAAGUAUGAAGUACAAAGAGUGGCAGCCAGGGGGCAGCAUGGACCACAACAGAUGACACCCCUGAAAAAAUCCCAUGUCUUAUGAGUUAAGGCACCGAACAAAGAAAAUCAGAGCCCUCUGCAGUCACUCUGUGAAGCGCUGCCUGGGAAGUACAGCCGGCAUCUGGCGAGCCAUUUUUUACAUCGUGUAAGAUUUUCCUCACAGCAGGUCACAAAUCAGUAAAUAAACAUAUAUUCAUUGGUCAAAACAUGAAUGAUGAUCUACAACCUCAGGCCUCAGUUCCUCUUGUCACCCACUUUCCAUCGUUGUCCUGUUCUGUCUUGUGCAAAGUGUUUGCUAUUCUGUGUGAUGUGACCUUCUUCUGAAGGUGUCGUUGUUUCCUGGCAAAUCCACCUGAUAAAUCGGGGAACAGAGUCUGUAUCCUGAAAGGCCAAGUGCCUUCUCACUGUCUCACUGUGUAAUAGGAGAUUUGUGUAUUGAGCAGUUAAUACUCAUGUUGAAACGUGACUUUGUGCAACUGGAUCCUUUGCAGCCUGGUGUUUCAGGUCAUUUCACUCUGUGUACGGUGGAGUUUUUAUCAGAAUACGUCAAAAUAAAACCUCCGUCAGUAAUGUUUUACAUUA